AUGUAUUGUACCAAUAAACCAGCAGUAGUAGUAGCAGAAGAAGACGACAACGAGGACGAUGGUGGUAUAGCAACAAUGAUAGAAGAUCAAUUUUGUUCUGUUCGACCGCCUCGGGAGCGAAGAAACCACAACAGUAGUAACAAUAACAUUUGUUCAAAUAUACAUUCUAUUGACGAGACUGAUCCUACUAAAUAUCAAACGACAAAUCGAUCGGCGUCUUUACCAGCACGACAAACAUUUCCUUCGAAUAAAAGCACCGAAGACAGCGUAGAAGAACGUCGACGAUAUGCAAGCGGUUCAAAUAAUCAUAACAAUAAUAACAAGACUAAAACAACUUCAUUAGUUACUUCAUUUCUACAAUAUUUACGUAGCGAACUAAAAGCAACAACGAAUGAAAACAUAAAUGAUUAUCAAAGAAUUAGACAAAAGAAAUCGUCUGAAACAAUCGACUGUAUAUCUCAAACAUUUUAUUUAACAAAUAAUUCGCGUCGUCAAUCGAAUCGAAAUCGAAUGUCAUCAUUAUCAGCAUCAUCGUCCUCGUCGUCUUCAUUAACUCCUUCUUCUCCAUCGAUGCCUAUUAGUUUGAAUAAAUUAUCGAAUGAGAAUCUUUUAAAAAAUACAUUUGAUAAUGAUCAUACUGCCGAUGACAAUGAAAUUUUAACAUUAAUCAAUUUACUUAUUCUACGUGUUGAAUGUUUAAAUAACGAUAGUACAGUCGCUAAUGUGACAAACACUAAAACGAAAUCUUCGACAAUUCGAAAGAUCGAUCAAAAUCUAAUUGAAUACUUGUAUUUUCUUUUUAAUAAAUUUGUUGAGGACGAAUCCGAUUCAAGUACUCCGUCUAUAAUCAAUAAAACAAGAUUCGUCAAUGUUUGUCAAACAUUAGUACGCGAUGGUUCGCUUAAUAUUUCAUUAUCAUUUUCAUCACCCGACCAUUCGUGCUCGGAAUCGACUAUUACAAAUAACAGUGAUCAAACAUUAAUGCAAACAUUGGUACGUGAGUACAGACCAGAUGCAGAUCUAAUGACAGCAAAUCAUUCACCGAUCAAUAAUGAACAAAUUUCAUCUAUAACAAUGAACGAUGACGAUACCUGGCUUAUUGUUGAUUUAGAACAGAUAAAACCACAAGACUCAAAGCCAUCGUCUGAUGCAUUAAAAUGUCUAUUAUUAUCAACAACCUCCGAUGAUCAAUUAUUACCAGCAAAUGAAAAUUAUUUUUCCGUUGAUGAAGUAAAAUCGUGCGAAUCCGAAUCUUCACAUAGUAACUAUUAUUCACCGGAUUCAUCGUUGGUUGAUACUGAAAACAUGCCACAAGAAGCAGAUGAAACAAAUAAUAUUAAUAAUAACAAUAAUAAUACUGCAGUGUUCGAUCAAGAAGGAUCAUCGUCAUCAACAGAAUAUACUUCAAACAAUACUAAUGUCAUUAAAGAAGCAAAAGAUACGACAAGCAAUAGCAACAUUUGUACAGGCUUAACUCAUGAUUGCACUACUAAUAGUAAUGAACAAGUAGCUUCAGCAUCAUCUAUAGACACAGUGGAACAGAUGACAACGAGUUCAAGUGAAAAAAUGUCUCGUCGUGAACGAAAAAUGCAAGAACGUUGGACAACAACAACGAAAGUUAAUAAAACCUGUCAGGAACAGCUGCCAACAAAAUCUUUUCUUGGCGUAGAAUUUCCACCAAUUGCUGUACUUAGACGAAAAUUUUCUUCAUCGCCACCAUCAAAAUCAAAUACAUUACCAAUAAAAAAGAAAGACAAUUCUUCUAGUAAAACAAAAACAUCAAUGAAAAAAGAAGAUAAAAAUAAUUCUUCACAAGAUAACAUCAGCAAAUCGAAUGGAUAUAUUUCAUUAACACCAUUGAAUCGUUCGAUGUCAUUACAAAAUCAGGAGAUUAACACCUCAAUAACGACAGACAUCGUCGACCAAACGAAAAAUGAACAUCAAGUACUUGAUGAUUUACAAUCGAAUGAUACUUCGUCGAUACUAAUUUGUUAUGAUGGUAAAACCAAUGAUGAUGCUCAACAAUCAUCGAAAAUUAUAUUAGAUUUAUUAAGAGACGUGAAAAGUCUUCAGGAAGAUAUGAAAAUAAAAACAAAACAAGACCUAACCGAAUAUGAAAAUGAAAUUUUUACACCUACGAACAACGAUUCAGAUCACUACGAACAGAUGAAUAUAAACAAUAACAAUAAUAAUAAUAAUAAUAACUCGAGAACGAUCAAUGAUUCAUGUGAUUCACAUUCACCUUCAUCUUCUUUAUUAUUAAAAUCUUCUUCGUUACUGACAAAUGCAGAUGACGACAAAACUAUUGAACUUUUACCAACAGAAAUUCUAGCAGUAGUAGUAAAAGAAGAAGAAGAAGAAGAAAAAAAAGAAGAAGAACAUUGCGACGACGACAACGACGACAAUGUUCGUGUAGAGAAAAAGAACCAGUGCGAUGUCGAGCACAACAACCACCAUGCAUUGGGAACAAUAUUAAUAAACGAUGAAUCAACACAGCCAGUUUUAUUAGAACAAGAAAAAAAAAGAAAACGAAGAAGAACAAGAAAAAGAACGGCCAUUACCUACAUUAGAGCAAUGCAAUCAUCAACAAUUUGA